AUGAUUGUAGUUUGGAGUACUCUAUUAACAAUUUUAAUUUUGAUCUUCCAGAUUUCAACUGAUAUUCUUCACUCUACAUUCGCUAUUCCGUCGUCGAAACCGCCAGAUAAUUCUGACAAUGUGAAACAAACGACAGCAACUAACUUAUCACUGGUUGAUGCAAGUAUCCUAGGAAUAGAGGUUUUACCUCAUAAUCAAACAAAUCAAGAAUCAUAUCAUAAGAAUAUUGCUGCUGUUCAUGCAGAGUACCUUUCACAUUUAUCAGUUCCCAAUUCUGAAUAUAUGUUUAGCGAUGAUUAUACACGGCAGGCGAUAGAAAAGCAGAUCAGUGCAUCAUGCAACACAUCACAACAUUCCCCGGGUACCCCAACAACAAUUACUAACCAGCCCACUUUACCAAACCCGGUAAAUCAAAAGCCUUCUGUGUAUACAAAAUGGACGGAACAAGAAGAUGAAUUACUAAGGGAGGCUGUGCAAAGAUACGGUCCGCAUAAAUGGUCUUUAAUUGCAACACAUGUUCCAAAUCGGACUCCCAUGCAAUGUUCAGCCCGUUGGGUCGGUGCUUUAAAUCCUUCAGUUCUUAAAGGCCGUUGGACUUCCGCAGAAGAUGCUGCGCUUACUGAAACCGUAUCACGUUAUCUUAAUGCUGUUGAUUCUCAAGGAAAUCCCCAGCCAAUACCAUGGAAUAAAGUUUCUAAACAAAUCCCUCAAAGAACUGGUGCCCAAUGUCAAGCACGUUGGACAGAAGCAUUAGAUCCUCGUAUUAAAAAAGGAAAGUGGUCUCCCAGUGAAGAUAGUAUACUGAAAGAAGGUGUAAAAAUUUAUGGUCGUUGUUGGAUACGGAUCGCGGAGAUGAUUCAAGGUAGAACCCAGAGGCAAUGCCGCACUCGAUGGCUUCAAAUAAAAAAUAAAUUAUCGAAACUUAAGAGCAACGAAAAUAACGUAAUUAUGACAGUUACUCCGACCGUACAAUCUUGUGAUAUAAAUCCUAUAUUAACCCCGCCAAUCACUCCGUCAACUUCAACACAAGUUAAACUUGUUCAUGGAAUUCAAAGUACUGGAUCGUUCGGUCCAAAUAUUUCGUUAUUCGAAGCCAAUGAAAAUCCGGUUACCAUGUUUCCUAGUCCGAUGACACCGGGUUUUCCUAUCAAUGUACCAACGGAAAAUUUAUUUUCAAAUUACAUCGUUAACACCAACCAAGUCGACAAUCAAUUUACUUACCAUAAUUCUCCGGAGACUGCUCUUUGUUUUUAUAACGUUUAUAAUAACAAUAACGCGUAUAUCAAUUUUAUUCAACAAUAA